GUCCACUGUAAUAUACAGUUUGUGUGUCCUUGCAGUCAUUUUCUAUUAGUAGACUACACUAAGCAUAUGCAAUGUUGCCAUUUUUUGCAUAAUUUCCCUAUAAUGUACCAAUUAUAAUAAUUAAUGUAUAGAUUACUAAUGCUUAAAUAAUCAGUAAAGAGCUAAUAUAAUAACAACAACACUUUGUGUUGCCAGGUUGUGGAAUAUACCCUCCAUUAUAAGGCCAUCGAUCUAUUAAAUGUUGAUUAAUGAUAAAUUAAUAAUAAAGGCUUUUAUCAUAAUUCAUCAAGUCUGCAGUGAUAUUAAAGUAUUUAUACCUGGAUGUUGUCCUCAUGUCCUGCAGCCCUUCUCUGGGAGGUAAACUGCCAAACACUUCAAUGGAGUGGUCGUCAUGAAAAAAAUUUAAGAAAUAGCUAAAAGACAAGUAGGGCGUCAUGUUGGAGGAGGAUUUUCCCACAACCUUACAACGUAAAAGUGGUUCUAAUUAAUGGCUUAUAACAAAUCUAUAAAGUAUCGGUGAAAGAUCAAUAACCUAUUAACAAAGCUUUGAAUUAUAUCUUACAAAAUAAACAGUAUCUUAUCAGACUGUGUUCCAUCAAUUUUUUUACUUUCUUACAUAAGCAAAGUUUGAAAUAAAUUAUGAAAUAGAUAGUUGCCCGACUGAAAAGGAGAAAGAAGAUAAAAACGGUUCUGUACUCUAAUUAAUAUUUUGGUGAGAGAUGAACUGUGUAUUAAUGUAUAUAUAUAUACCCUGACCUUUGCAAUGUUGUUGCUGGUUGGUUCUGCACUGCAGGUUCAAUGAGACAUCGAACAGGAAAAGGUGGAGCUUAUGAGCUCGUGCAACAGUGAGCCAUGACAGAAACAAGCCUGGGUGUUUUCCCUGUGGCGCCAACACUCCUAAAAAGUGUGGCGGCAGGUUUUGCGUUUGGAGAAGCUGCACUAUUUGCAGUCGAGCCCACGCUGACUGAAGAUGGCGUCCUGCUGAGCGCUGCGACGCUGGCCGCCGGUCGAGCCAGUUCCACGGGUGUUGGAGUGGUGACGGCGUGCCUUGUGUUCACCUCGGCGCUAAUCUCCCUGGGAAGCGGCUUCCUCCUCGCCGCCGUGGUGAUGAAGCUGUCGACCAAAGUUGGAGUGAGGUUGCGGUGGUUGGCGGAGGCCACAGCGGGGGCGUGUGUUGUGGUGGGUGCUGUCACAACCGGAGUGUUAGUGGGAAUCCUUCCGGCAUGGAUCUACAUUGUAGCCCAGGCCAUUUUUGUCCUCAUAGUCUACUCAUACUCUAACAUUAACGACAUGACAACAGCGCUGUUAAUCAUCUUCACCACCCUCUACCUCAGUGUCUUAUAUGGAAGGAUGGGUUUCCUGUUUGGAUUCCUCAGCAUGGGAUUGACAAUCCGUGUCCUUUUUGCCCUGCGAACGGCGUUGACAGAGAAGACGACACAAAGACCAAAGACUAAACCCGGAUGCAGACUGCUGGAGAGGAUAUUCUUUUACUCUGUAUUUGUGGGAAUUUGGGGAUUUUCAGUGGGUUUAGGGGCAGGGGAGGUAGGAGACGGGUCAGAGGCAGAGGUGGUUUUGAUGCUGCAGUCCGUCCUCUGGGUGGCGUUCCUGUCUGCAGGGCUGCUAGGAGGCGGCCUGGGAACAGUGGCCAUGGUUGGACUGGGGCCAGACGUGGCUGGAAAGGUCGCUGUGGGAGCUGCUGUGAUAUCAUCAGUGUCCUUGCGAGUUAUUCUGCAGUCGAGCUCCUCCCUAGGGGCCCGUGGCAGCAUGGGUGGAACAUUAGGAGCAGCUACUGCUGCAGGCCUGUCACUCGGAACUGCAGGUGUUGCAGCAAAACAAGUGUUCGGGUCUGGCAAAUCAACUUUAACCGCUUUUGGUUUGGUUAUCGUUGGUGUGAUUGUGGCGACACGGGGUGUCGCACUGACAACCACCCUGCUGACAACAUCAGAACUUAUUUGCAUCACUCUUGUUGCAGUUGGGGCAUUUGUCCUGGGUGCGCCAAAGAGCCCGUUCCACACUCACGUGAAUCUACAAAGGGGUCUUCUCACGGGGCCAGAGCUAAUUAAGGGAAUCGGCAUGGAGACGGUCAGAGCAGCAGCAGCAACCAUUGGAGCCGGGGCACUUGGGGCUGCGGCGUUAGGCACCGCAGCUCUGGGGAGACUCGGGACUGUGGGAGUUCUGGUGGCUGUAUUUUUGGCUUGGGGAAGUACUCUGAGUGGCAUGAUAGGAAGAUCACCGAAAGCAAAUGCACACAAAGAAUGAUUGACACCUUGGUUUGAAGUGUAUAAGUUCAAAGUGUAAAUCUUAGAGGGACCUCUACAUUUCCAAAAAACAAUUAUUUCACCACAUUGCCAAAUGAUGAUUACAUGAUACAUGGUUCCUUUACCUUCAUAACACUACAUGUGUGUGUAUGUGUGUCUGGUAUAUUGUUGUCAAAAGUGUUUAAUUUUAUUGCUGUUGCAUAUGGGCCUAACUAUUCUGGUUCCCAAUUUUUUGAUCACUGGGAACCAGAAGUUCAAAAAUAAUUGUAAGAAGAAAUCAAGGCUUAUGUGUAGAUAAAUGUGCUUAUGGUACUGUAAGUAUACAUUGACAUAAAAGUAAUAUUGCAGUUUGCAUUUAGUCUAUUAUGUGAUGCCAUUUGAUCCCAUAUACAGAUUUUUUUUUUUUUACAGGAUAAUAAAUUUUCCCAUUGAUCAAACCUCA